UGGCUGCCAAGAAGAUGAAGGAGGAAAGCAUGUGCCCGGAGUCUCCCGAAGGCAGCCUGGUCACCAGCGAGGAGGAAGGUGAGCGACUUCACAAGAAAUGCCUCCGCAAACGAGGCCAAGCAGGCAAAGCCUUGGAGGACAGCAGAGCCGCCUCUCCGCAGGGCAAACGCUGCAAGCGCAGCCCGGUGCCGCAGUCCUUCGAGGAUGUGCACACACAGAGGGUGAUCGCCAACGUGCGGGAGAGGCAGCGGACCCAAUCGCUCAACGACGCCUUCGCGGAGCUGCGGAAAAUCAUCCCCACGCUGCCCUCCGACAAGCUGAGCAAGAUCCAGACCCUGAAGCUGGCGGCGCGCUACAUUGACUUCUUGUACCAGGUGCUGCAGAGCGAUGAGCUGGACCACAAGAUCACCAGCUGCAAUUACCUGGCCCACGAGAGGCUGAGCUACGCCUUCUCUGUCUGGAGGAUGGAAGGGGCUUGGUCCAUGUCUGCGUCCCACUGAGCCCGGGUACGUAUGGCGAGGCUGCAGAGUGCACAUCCUUUGCUCCCGCAUCCCACAUCCCAUUAUGCAUCUACCAGCACAUCCCCCUCGUGCUCCACAUGCUGCAACAAACCCAGCUCAUCCUGCUGGGUCUCGGUAUCCCGGUCUCUGCUGUCCCUAAAGCGGGAUUGAGUUUUCCUUUGGCAUUGCUGUGCGCCAGCUCUGGUGUUGGGGGAAGCCAGCUGCAAGAGGAGCAGGGACUCCAUCUUCUUGCAUCCCAAUGUGGGCCACCCAUUGGGAAAAAAAAUAUUUUUCUUUUCUUGGUCACUCUGGUGCACCCUCCUCAGGUGCCGCUUCUUCUCCAGCUUGGUCUUAUUGGAGAUGCUGUAAGAAUUGGCAGAGCUAUGCCCAAGUCAGUGGCUGCGUUAUGGCCAUAAAGGGCCAGAAAAGGGGAUUGAAAUGGUGCACAGCUCCAUUCCUAAGCCCUCAGUGCAGGAUCUGUGGGAACCCCAUCUGUG